CUUUCAAAUCUCUUAGUAUCUUUCCUUUCUGUUAGUUCUGACAAAGGGUCUCGGCCAGAGCCGUUGACAGUGCUUCUCCCUAUAGAUGCUGCCUGGCCUCCUGUGUUCCACCAGCAUUGUGUGUGUGUUGUUUGAAUUUCCAGCAUCUGCAGAUUUCCUUGUGUUUGCACAAUAUACGAAGGAUACUUCACAUUAUGGAUCAUAUAUACAAAAAAAUAAAAUCAAAGCAAUAGUGAUAAGCGUGGAUGCUGAAAAGGCAUUUGAUUCGGUUAAUUGGAAUUUUCUUUACAGAGUUUUACAUAGAGUUGGUUUCCAUAACAAUUAUUAAAACUAUACAGGCACUAUAUGACAACCCUACCGCUAGGAUUAAAAUCAAUGGAUAUUUAAUCAAAUAGUCUUACCCUAGAAAGGGGCACAAGACAGGGUUGUGCAUGGUCAGCACUACUCUUCGCAUUAUAUCUGGAACCAUUAGCUCAAUACAUGAGACAAAGUGGGGAAUUACUAGUAAAGGGACAGAGCAUAAAUUGGCUUGUUACAUGGAUGACAUUUUGAUCUAUCUAGGGCAACCAACAUACUCUUUACCUGAAUUGAUGCAAUCCUUUGAACAAUAUGGUCAAUUAUCAGGAUACAAGAUCAAUAUAGAUAAAACCCAAUUACUUUCAUAUUACUACAGCCCAGCAAGAGAAAUUGAAAGUAGAUAACCCCGGGCAUGGCAAACAGAGUCUUUCAAAUAUUUGGGCAUCAUUAUGCCAAAAGAUUAGGCAACAUUAUCAGAAUGUAAUUAUCAGCCUUUAUAUAAAAAGAACAUUAAGGAAUAUAUAGCAAGAUGGAACCUGAUUCCUUUCUUUUAGUUUCAGUUCAAGGAGUGAGUCUAUUAUAAUGAAUACACUGCCCAGACUGUUAUAUCUCUUUCAGACCCUACCAAUAGAGAUUAAUCAAAAUCAAUUCAAUGAAAGGAACAAGAUGUUAUCAAGGUAUAUUUGGCAAGGUACAAGGCCUAGAGUUCAUCUCAAAACUUUGCAAUUAGCAAAGGAAAAGGGUGAAUGCGGCCUAACUUCUCUUCGAGGUUAUUAUUUUGCAGCACAGUUGAGAGCUGUGAUAUGCUGGAGCAACCCAUCGUAUGACGCACAAAGGAAAAACAUUGAGGAGCGGGUACUUCCCAUCCCCAUACAAGCAGUUUUGGCUGAUAAUAACUUGCAAAGGGUACUGAUUUACUACAGGGGACACGGCACACAGCAUCCACCAAAACGAUAUUUCUUUAGUUUGGCCGGGCUGCGGGUCUAUCACCCCCCAUAUUAAGCUGAGGGCCAAAGCGAGAGUUACAUGUGGUUAGAUUAAAGAACACUGGGGCUGUCUACAAGAAGGGUCAGAGCCGUCUCUAUUUCCUGAGGAGACUGAGGUCCUUUAACAUCUGCCGGACGAUGCUGAGGAUGUUCUAUGAGUCUGUGGUGCCCAGUGCUAUUGUGUUUGCUGUUGUGUGCUGGGGCAGCAGGCUGAGGGUAGCAGACACCAACUGAAACAACAAACUCAUUCGUAAGGCCAGUGAUGUUGUGGGGGUGGAACUGGACUCUCUGACGGUGGUGUCUGAAAAGAGGAUGUUGUCCAAGUUGCAUGCCAUCUUGGACAAUGUCUCCCAUCCACUCCAUAAAGUACUGGUUAGGCAUAGGAGUACACUCAGCCAGAGACUCAUUCCACUGAGAUGUAAACCUGAGCGUCACAGGAAGUCAUUCCUGCCUGUGGCCAUCAAACUUUUCAACUCCUCCCUCAGAGUUUCAGACACCCUGAGCCAAUAGGCUGGUCCUGCGCUGGUUUCCACUUACCCCUAGACAUUGAUUGAGCUUGUUUCUUAUUAUUGAUUAUUAUUCCUACACUUCUAUGUUUAUUAUUGCUAACUUGUUUUAUAUGUGUAUUUGUAUUAUUGAUACUGUUUUGCUUAUUUUACUAAUAAACACCUUUAGCUAACGUGAUAGAUUUCCCUUAUCUGAUCUGGUUGUGUGAGAAACCAGAAAGACAGGCAGCAGAAAUGGAUGUUGACGAGUUUCUGUUAAGUCCAGACUUUGUGGCAUUAAAGAAGGCUAAAAAGUCUGAGUUUUGGGAAAUGGUGGAGUCCUUGGAAUUCAAGGAGGUUAAGAAAGGGACGACAAUGGCAGAGAUACAACGUAAGAUGGCUGAACAUUAUCUCAUGAUGCAGAUAUUCAAGGAAGAGUUGUUAGAACACUUUCCUGUAGGGAAAAAAGUGGCUGUGAUCCAGAAGUGGCCUAGAGAUAAGUGGGUGGUGUUGUUACAAAGUGUACUUAAAAGGAAGGCUCAACGUGCAUAUGCAGCAUUGUCUGUGGAGGCUGCAGAGGAUUAUGAGGAAGCAAAACUGGCUAUCCUUCGGGCCUAUGAGCUGGUACCUGAAGCCUAUAGACAAGAGUUCAUGGACUUAAGGAAGCAGUGGAAUCAGACGUUCACAGAGGUUACAUACGACAAGUGUGUGUACUUUGACCGCUGGUGCGCUGCAGAAGGGGUUGGGGAGGAUUUCUACUGCCUACGAAAGAUGAUCCUGAUUGAAGAAUUAAAAGAUUGUGUUCCGGAUAAUGUCCGGACAUACCUGAAUGAGAAGAAGAAUAAGUCCAUAUCAGAAUCUGCCAAGCUAGCAGAUGAAUACGCCUUAACCCAUCAAAUGAAAUUUUCCCCAAAUAAGUGCUACCACAGGAGUAGUAGGGGUGGUAGAGAAAGCCUAACGUCUAAGUCUGAGACUAAGCCGGGGUCUACCGGAAAAGACAAGGAGGAAAAGCUGUCUGGCAGGUCUCCUAGCGGUGUGUGUUAUAACAGUGGGAAAUCUGGCCACAUAGCAUCUAAGUGCUUUGCUCCAAAGGAGGAGACAGGGAAAGGAAAGGCGACCGCGCCGACGGGCUGUGUUAAGCCGGUUGAAAUGCCGUUAAAAGAGGAGCUAAACCGAGUUCAGGAGGGAUGUGAGAAAUCCCUUUCAACCGGGUUGGUACCUGUGAGGGAGGGGUCACCCCCAGUGCCAGUAAGAAUCUGGACAGACACUGGGGCUUUUUAGUCCUUAGUCCUAAACAGAGCAUUGGAAUUCAAUAGUGAGACAGAUACUGGUGACGUGAACGUGAUAGAAGGGGUUGGAAAAGGAACUGAGGCCGUACCGUUACAUAAAGUAUUUUUGAAGAGUGAUCUGGUAUCUGGACCAGUCACGAUCGGGAUACAGUCUGCACUCCUGAUACCCCAUGUAGAUGUCUUACUCAGGAAUGACCUGGGCGGGGGAUGUGUUCUCUGCAGUUCAGCUCGCGAGUAAGCCUGCCAGGACUGAGCCCCCGCCCAUAGUUUCUGAAUUUAAUCCCGCAGGUGCAGUCACCAGAAGAAUGUCGAGGAAAGCUGUUAAGACAACCCCUGAUUUAGCCGAGUCCAACCUUGAUUUAGCAGAGACAUUUUUACCAGCCUUGUACCAGGAGAGGUUGGAGGGUGGUAAAACGGAGAAUAGUGGGGCUAAGGAAAGUAAGGGAGACAAAGCAGAGUCAGUGUUGUCAAGGAACAGAAUCUUGAAAUUGGCCCGUAAGAUACCCCUGGGUGGACAUUUUGGAGUGAGCAAGGAAUUUAUGGAGGCACAGACCCAAGAUGAGGAACAGAUGUGGCAGUUAGAAGGUCCAGGGUUGGACACGGAUGAUGUAUCUGGAUUGACAGAGCUGGUUGUAGUUGAAGAAUUUAAGUGUGUUCUCAAUAAUGCAAAGGCUUUCUGAGAUAAUACCUUGAGGGAGUCCGCUGGGUUAGCGGACGAGGUUGUUUUAACCUGCAAGGUUGAGUUUACUCCAGAUGGGAGUUGCCCAGAGAGUAACUGGGAGGAUCAGGGGAACUCGGAAUUUGAAACUGGGACUGGUAUUGAAAGCCAAGAAGAGGCAGUUGUCCCAUUGGCCUGUGUUCAGUUUACUGAACCUUGUGUGGAGACUCAGGAAAGGUCUGAAAUGUCUCAUUUGGUUAAAAAGGAAUGCAAUCCUUUUGGGUCAGAUGCACUUGGUUCAGUGAAGAAAGGGUUAACCUUGGCACCAGUAGAGAGUGAGGAUUCUCAGUCAUGUGUAUUAAAAGUCAGUGAUGAGAUAAAAGCUGGUGAGAUGGAUGUUAUUGGAGAUACUGAGCGAAAAAGUGUUACUCGACUUUUGAAUAAAGUAAAUGUAAAGUCAGGUUUGGUUCCAGGACUGUUGUGCAAAGGGAAGGGACCGUUAACUAAACAAUGGUUUGUUAACAAGAUGUUUGUUUUGAAAUUUAAGGAUAAACAACUUGGUGAUGUUGCUCAAGUAUGUGAUUUGGAGAGGCAGAACUUAAAGUGUUGUUUUGGCCCAGAGAGACCAUCUGCUAGUGUCAUCAAGGAAACUAAUCAAAUUAAAGAUCCUGAAGAUAAAAUUAAUGACCUGCUUAAAAUUAAUGAGUGGUGUGGAAGUUCAGAAAAUGGGCUUAGUUUAGAAAACAUCGGUGAUAAGCUUUAUUUUUCUGUACGAAGCUUGUGAAAGUUAAAGAUGAUAUCAUAGUAGGUUGACUGAAAGUUAGGUUUUGAAGUAAAAUAGAGAUUACUAUUUGCACAAUCUUCUGUAAUGUACUACAUUAUAAUCACACAUGUAGUGGUUCACUCUUUGUGAUAUACACCUAAGCUAAGAACUAACUCCACUGUAGAAAAAGAAUUACUGUCACUUACCCUGGCAUUACAGCAUUUUGAGGUCUACAUUUGACCAGCAUAGAAACCAGUGAUAGUUUAUACUGAUCACAAGCCCUUGGUAUUUUUGACAAACAUGAAGAAUAAAAAUAGAUGGUUAUUAAGUUGGAGUCUGUUGUUACAAGAAUUUGAUAUUAAAAUACAAAAUGUAAAGGGAAAUGACAAUGUAAUUGCUGAUUGUUUAUCCAGGUGAUAAUUUGAAAGUAUACCUGUGUUAUCCUUGUAGUUAAAGACCACUUCUGUAUUAGAUUAGACUCUGUAAUGUGCUUUACUAGUGAAUUUUCAACCCGGUGAAGAUUCUUUGAAGGGUGGGGGUGUUAUGUGUGCUGAACAGACCUGAUGGAAAUGGGGUCCAGAGCUGACCCUUCCCCCCCGCCCUUUGAGGACUAUGCAGCUAAUGAGAGUGAGAGAGAGAUGAAGAACAGAGGUAGAGAUAUCUGCUACAGAUAAGAGAGAGACAACUGAUUUAGGUAUUAUGGCUGCUUCACUGAUGGACAGGUAAACGAAACCUUUUGCUGCAGGGACACUUCUUUGCUCGUUAACAUUCCUGAAGAGACAGCAGGAGUGGCCUAGUUUGAUGGACAUAGACAUAUUGAGUUGAUGGAUGGCUGAUACCCCGUCAGUGGGGAUAAAAGACGGGUCUGGGGAGACACUCUUCAAACACACCAGUGGACACUGACCGAGUGUUGUGCACCCACAGGAAGGUGGGGGCUUAGAGGACCGAAUCAGAAGAUCGGUCACAAAGGCUCACAGUGUGACGGCAGGGCUGGUGGGGACUUGUGUGUGUGUCCAGUCAUGCCAGGGUGAUGAGUCCACCACUGAAGAACAGUCUAGCUGAGAACGGAGGGGUCAUAACCGAAUGACCACAAUGGUACAACGGAAUAAGAAGACAACAGAAGGUUUGCUUGCUGCAGCUGCCCAAUCUCUUGGUCGCUUUCUGCCCCCCUCUCUCUCUCUCCAAUUGCAGCACAGCAACAGCUACCUCAGCAUGGACGAACUGAACUGAACUUUAUAUUCUCUUAUGACUAUUCAUUUACCCCUAGAUAUUGAUAGAGCUUGUUUAUUAUUGCUAACCUGUUUUAUAUGUAUAUUUGCAUUAUUGAUACUCUUUGGUUUAUUUUACUAAUAAACACCUUUAGUUAAAGAACCACCAGACACCAACAUAUCCUUCCAUUUCUGCUGGUCUGUUAACCCAGUUACUGGGUACGUAACAGCAUACUUUACUUAGUAUUAUUUAAUUAUUUAUGGUUUCAUAUUGCUAUAUUUCCUGUUCUUGGUUGGUGCGACUGUCACGAAACCCAAUUUCCCUCAGGAACAAUAAAGUAUGUCUGUGUCUGAUUACUGAGUUAAUUGCUUACCACAUUCACAGCAGGUGAACAGACACUCCCCGGUAAGAACUCAAUGA